CUUCAAGAAAGUCCCGAAAAGAAGCGAUGGCGGACGACCCGAGCCGCGCGCGUCUCCCGCGGGUGUUUUUCGGGCGGCACAGUUGAACUUGGGAAGUCCGAGGGCGUGACGAUGCUGCGGGAGAUCCGCUGAGCGAUGGGCGUGUUGGAGUCCAACUCCACCGGCAACUUGACCCCGGCGGCGGCGGGUUCCGGCGGAGCGCUGCCGCUGCCGGGCUACCUGGCGCUGCUCCUGUCGGUGCUGAUGGGGACGCUGGUGGCCACGGUGGUGGCGGGCAACGCGCUGGUCAUCCUGGCCUUCGUCGUGGACAAAUCCCUGAGAACUCAGAGCAACUACUUCUUCCUCAACCUGGCCAUUUCCGAUUUCCUCGUGGGUGCCUUCUGCAUCCCGGUGUACAUUCCGUACAACUUGACGGGCAGGUGGAUGCUGAGCAAGACCCUGUGCAAGGUGUGGCUGGUCAUGGACUACCUGCUCUGCACCGCUUCCGUCUUCAACAUCGUGCUCAUCAGCUACGACCGAUUCCUGUCUGUCACCAGAGCUGUGAAAUACAGAGCCCAACGCAACAUGACCCGGCAGGCGGUGCUGAAGAUGUUAGCGGUGUGGGCUCUGGCCUUCCUCCUCUACGGCCCCGCCAUCAUCUUCUGGGAGGCGGCGGUGGGCCACAGCGUGGUGCCGGCCCACGAGUGCUACGCCGAGUUCUACUUCACCUGGUACUUCCUGCUGUGCGCCUCCACCUUCGAGUUCUUCACGCCCUUCGUGUCCGUGGCCUACUUCAACCUGAGCAUCUAUCUGAACAUCCACCGGCGCAACAGGAACGCGGGCCUGGGCCCCCCCCACGAGGCGCCGCCGCCCCAGCCGACCAAGAAGCAGCGGGACGGCGCGGCGUGGUCCGUGUUCUUCGUCAAGACGCGCAAGGUGUCGUGCAGCGAGCCCACCGCCAUCUCGGCCGUCAUCGAGGACGACGACGGGAUCUCGCCGCCGUCCGGCGCCAACGCGGACGCCAGCCAGAUCCUGGCGCACAGGGAGAAUUACUCGCCGGGGGGGAGGAAUUCCAGGCUGUUCCAGUCCUCGCCGGCGUCGAGGGCGCCGGGCCGCCGGACGCCGGGAUCCCGCCUCUCCCGAGACAUCAAGAUCGCCAAGUCGCUGGCCGUCAUCGUGUGCACUUUUGGGAUCUGCUGGGCCCCUUACACGCUGCUGAUGAUCAUCCGCGCCGCCUGCAGCGGGACGUGCGUGGCCAACUACUGGUACGACAUCACGUUCUGGCUCCUGUGGAUCAACUCGGCCAUCAACCCGUUCCUGUACCCGUUGUGCCACAGCAGCUUCCGAAGGGCUUUCUCCAAGAUCCUGUGUCCCAAGAAACAAUCCGUCCAGCCUCAGGUGGCGGAGGCGCAGUCGUGCUAGAGCCGCUGGAUGCGCCAAACGCUCGAACCGAUGCAAAAACUGACAAACUGUGUAAAGAAAAAAAAAAGGGGGAAAAAAGAAAAAAAAAAAGAACUUCACUUCUUUGUUCUUCCAUCCCAAAAGUCCGAAAUGAGAAGAAGAGGGAGGAAAAAAAAAGACUGUGAGGUUGCUCAAAGCACAUGAAGUUAAAAAGCAGAAGAGCAGGGACCUCCGCCAAGGCAGGACAAUCCCAAAACUUGUCCCCCCCCCCCCCCAAAAAAAAAAAAAAAAAAUAAUAACACACUUAUUUGAAGUACAUCCCUGAUGGACCCCGAUUUGGCGCGGAAGACUACAGCAGAAACUCUAAAUAUGAUUUUUUUUAAAUAAUUGUUUUCAUAUAGGCACGGUGGAACAGCUGGAAAGCGUUGGCCUCACAGUUCUGAGGUCCCGGGUUCGAUCCCGAACCCGCCUGUGUGGAGUUUGCCUUUGUGGGUUCCCUCCGUGCCCUCCGGUUUCCUCCCGCAUCCCAAAAACAUGCAACAUUAAUUGGACACUCUAAAUUGCCCCUAGGUGUGAUUGUGAGUGCGGCCGUUUGUCUCUUUGUGCCCUGCGAUUGGCUGGCGACCAGUUCGGGGUGUACCCCGCCUCCUGCCCGUUGACAGCUGGGAUAGGCUCCAGCAUUCCCCGCGACCCUCGUGAGGAUAAGUGGCAAAGAAAAUGGAUGGCUGGAUGCACUCCGGUUUCCUCCCACAUCCCCAAAAACAUGCAACAUUAAUUGGACACCUUAAUAAAUUGCCCAUAGGUGUGAUUGCGAGUGCGGCUGUUUGUCUCCAUCUGCCCUGCGAUUGGCUGGCGACCAGUUCGGGGUGUACCCCGCCUCCUGCCCGUUGACAGCUGGUAUAGGCUCCAGCAUUCCCCGCGAC